AUGAGGUAUAAAUGCAGUGGGAAGUGGCCAUACUUAAACCCACAACUUCAUAGAAUUCGAAGUGAAGAGAUGUCGAGCACUGCUGGUCAAGUUAUACGCUGCAAAGCUGCCGUGGCAUGGGAAGCAGGGAAACCACUGGUGAUUGAAGAAGUAGAAGUGGCGCCACCUCAGAAGAUGGAAGUUCGCAUGAAGAUACUAUAUACUGCUCUCUGCCACACUGAUCUUUUCUGGUGGGAACCUCACGAUGUGGAGAGUGUUGGAGAGGGAGUGGAGGGUCUAGCACCGGGCGACCACGUCCUACCAAUGUUCACAGGAGAGUGUGGAGAUUGUGUUCACUGCAAAUCAGAGGAAAGCAACCUGUGUGAACUCCUCAGGAUCAACACGGACCGCGGUGUGAUGAUUCACGACCAAAAGACCAGAUUCACCAUUAAAGGCAAGCCUAUUUACCAUUUCGUGGGAACAUCCACGUUCAGCCAGUACACUGUGGUCCAUGUGGGCUGUGUAGCCAAGAUCCAUCCUGAAGCUCCUCUCAACAAAGUUUGCGUCAUCAGUUGUGGGUUUCUCCACAGUUCGCCAAAAUCCCUUCAAGCCUUGAUGAACAAGAGUUGUAACUGUGGGUGCUUCAUUUUUAUAGGCUUUGGUGCUGCUGUGAAUGUUGCCAAACCAAAGAAGGGCUCGACGGUGGCAGUGUUUGGACUGGGAGCUGUAGGACUUGCAGCUGCAGAAGGGGCCAGAGUUUCUGGGGCUUCAAGGAUUAUUGGUGUGGAUUUGAAUCCUGAGAGAUUUGAGCAAGCAAAGAAGUUUGGCGUGACGGAGUUUGUGAACCCCAAAGACUAUGAUAAACCAGUUCAGGAGGUGAUUGCUGCAAUGACUGAUGGAGGAGUGGACAGAGCUAUUGAAUGUUCAGGAAAUACUGGUGCUAUGAUCUCGGCAUUUGAAUGUACCCAUGAUGGCACCUUCUAUGGAAACUUCAAAUCCCGGACUGACAUUCCGAAAGUCGUAGAUAUGUACAUGAAAAAGAAAGCCUCAACAGAACAGAGAAACUUAAUCAGACUUGACUUUGUACCACAGGAGAUUGAAGUGGACAAGUUUAUCACCCAUGAAGUCCCAUUAGCAGAGAUCAACAAGGCCUUUGACCUCAUGCUGAAAGGGGAGGCAUUCGAUGUGUUAUCAACAUGGAUGGAUAGGACAAUGCAAUAUCCUAAUAUCCAAGACCAAGGAGAGAAAUCUUUAAUGAUAUAA